AUGGUCUCCAAGUCCGACCAACUGCUCAUCGUUGUGUCCAUCCUCGAAGGUCGUCAUUUCCCUAAACGUCCAAAGCAUAUGCUUGUAGUAGAAGCAAAGUUUGAUGGAGAACAGUUGGCUACUGAUCCUGUGGACCAUACUGACCAGCCAGAAUUUGCUACUGAGUUAGCUUGGGAAAUUGACAGGAAAGCACUUCAUCAGCACAGGCUACAACGUACUCCUAUUAAACUCCAGUGUUUUGCCUUGGAUCCUUUAUCUUCAGUCAAGGAAACUAUAGGUUACAUUGUUCUGGACUUAAGAACUGCUCAAGAAACAAAGCAGCCACCAAAAUGGUACCAAUUACUGAGUAAUAAAUAUACCAAGUUCAAGUCUGAAAUACAGAUAAGCAUUGCUUUGGAAACAGACACAAAAGCACCAGCAGAUAGUUUUAAAGCAAAAGGAGCACCCCCUCGAGAUGGAAAAGUACCUGCCAGCCUGUUUGGACUUGACCCCAAAGACAUUGUGGCAGUGCUGAAUGAGGAGGGAGGCUACCAUCAGAUUGGACCAGCAGAGUAUUGUACUGACUCCUUCAUUAUGUCAGUGACCAUAGCAUUUGCCACCCAGCUGGAGCAGUUAAUUCCAUGUACCAUGAAACUUCCAGAAAGACAACCUGAGUUUUUCUUUUACUAUUCUUUACUGGGGAAUGAUGUUACAAAUGAACCCUUCAAUGAUUUGAUCAACCCAAACUUUGAGCCAGAGAGAGCAUCUGUUCGCAUACGCAGCAGUGUAGAAGUUCUUCGUAUUUACCUGACUCUUCAGUCUAAACUUCAGAUCCAUCUCUGUUGCGGAGACCAGUCACUUGGAAGCACAGAAAUACCAUUAACUGGAUUACUCAAGAAGGGCAGUACAGAAAUCAACUACCAGCCAGUCACAGUUGAGGGUGCUUUUACCCUUGACCCACCAAACCGAGCCAAACAAAAGCUUGCACCUAUUCCUGUGGAGCUGGCCCCAACUGUGGGAGUGUCAGUGGCUCUCCAGAGAGAAGGCAUAGAUGCCCAGUCUUUAAUUGAAUUAAAAACCCAGAAUGAACAUGAACCAGAACAUUCAAAGAAGAGAGUUUUAACCCCUAUAAAGGAAAAGACACCUACUGUGCCAAAAUCACCAAGUGUGUCCCCUGCUCCGCCUCACAACCAGUCACCUCCAACAAAAGAUGAUGCAACAGAAAGUGAAGUGGAAAGCUUACAGUAUGAUAAAGACACAAAACAAAAUCCAAAGGCUAUGACUUCUUCUGUGUCUGCAUUGGCCCAGCCAGUGACUACAUCCAAUGCUUCAGAAACAACUUCAGGACAGAAGAUUGCAGUUCCAGCAACAUCACAUCACUUUUGCUUUUCAAUAGACUUAAGGAGUAUCCAUAACUUGGAAGUUGGUUUUCCAAUCAACUGUAUGUUAAGGUACUCAUACCCAUUCUUUGGAAGUGCAGCUCCCAUAAUGACUAAUCCUCCUGUAGAAGUUCGCAAAAACAUGGAAGUGUUUCUACCCCAAUCUUACUGUGCAUUUGAUUUUGCAACUGUGCCUCAUCAAUUGCAAGACACCUUCCUAAGGAUUCCAUUGCUGGUUGAAUUAUGGCACAAGGAUAAAAUGAGUAAAGAUUUACUUCUGGGAGUCGCAAGAAUCCAGCUUUCUAACAUCUUAUCUUCAGAAAAAACGCGCUUUUUAGGUGCUAAUGGAGAACAGUGCUGGCGCCAAACUUAUAGUGAAAGUGUACCUGUUAUAGCAGCACAAGGGUCAAAUAACAGAAUAGUUGAUCUUUCUUACACAAUGACUCUAGAAGAUUAUGGGCUAAUAAAAAUGCGUGAGAUUUUUGUCUCUGAGUCAUCUCAGGGUUUGUCAGCCCUACCACAGAAGCCGUCAUCUCUUCCUCCAGCACUUUGCCCUUCAGAAAUCCCUACAGAACCUCGUGAAACCUUAGAAUACAAAGCAGCACUUGAGCUAGAAAUGUGGAAAGAAAUGCAAGAGGACAUUUUUGAAAAUCAGCUAAAACAGAAAGAACUGAUUCAUAUGCAAGCUCUUGCAGAGGAGUGGAAGAAAAGGGACCGAGAGAGAGAAUCAUUAGUAAAGAAAAAGGUGGCUGAAUAUACUAUUUUGGAAGGAAAACUUCAAAAAACUCUAAUUGACUUGGAGAAGAGAGAGCAGCAACUUGCCAAUGCAGAAUUAGAGCUUCAACGGGAAAAAAAAGAACUGCAGUCAGAACGUGAACGGAACCUCCUAGAACUUCAGGACUCUAUCCGUAGGGCUAAAGAAGAUUGUGCUCACCAAGUAGAACUAGAAAGAUUGAAGAUAAAGCAACUAGAAGAGGAUAAACACCGACUUCAACAGAAGCUUAAUGAAGCUGAAAAUAAGUAUAAGAAUUUGGAAAUAGAGUUCCAGCAUUUCAAGGAUCAACAGAGCAACAAACCAGAAAUACGUCUACAGUCAGAAAUAAACCUUCUCACUUUGGAAAAGGUUGAACUUGAAAGAAAGUUGGAAUCUGCAACUAAGUCCAAACUGCAUUACAAGCAGCAAUGGGGACGAGCUUUGAAAGAACUUGCCAGACUUAAACAGCGUGAGCAAGAAAGUCAAAUGGCUCGUCUUAAAAAACAGCAAGAAGAAUUGGAACAGAUGAGACUACGUUACCUAGCUGCUGAGGAAAAAGAUACAGUAAAAACUGAGCGACAAGAAUUGUUGGAUAUAAGAAAUGAAUUGAACAGGUUAAAGCAACAAGACCAAAAACAGUACCAGGAUUCCAGAGAGAUUGCAAGUGGGAAGAUGGAUAGUCUGCAUGGCAAAGCAUUGGAAGAAGGUUUGGAUGAUUAUUUGACUCGCCUAAUAGAAGAAAGGGAUACCUUGAUGAGAACGGGUGUGUAUAAUCAUGAGGAUCGAAUAAUAAGUGAACUUGACCGACAGAUCAGAGAGGUUUUAGCAAAAAACAAUGCCAGCAAUGAAUAA